CGGUUGACGGUCACGCGUAUACAGCAUGCGCACAUACAGCUGCGUUCCUUCAUUUGGAUGACCUGGAGUCUCCCCGUAGAUAGCAUCUGUUCUUGACAGCAGCAAUUUCACCUAAUAUUACAUUUCUUGGAUUUGUGGACUACUGGGACUUUCCGUACACAAUGUAAUUGAUCUUAACCUAAUUUGUUGUAGGCCUAUAAAAAGUCUAAAGAGAACAGCUUUUGGACGGUCCUUUGUAUUUUAUGUUGAAGAAAGUGCAUUCUAUUUGACCAAAGUCAUAAACGAAGCUAACACGGACGACAGCCGCCUGAACUACAUCAUUUAGAAAUAUCGGAGCACCUCUAUUAGCUCUUCUAUUAAAGGAACAUCGCUUGACACUAGGGAAAUAAACAUGUCCAGCAGAAGUAUUGAGUGGGAGCAUUUCGAGGAGCGCGAGAAGAGUCACCGGUCCCCGCGUGGCAGCGCCGGUUCUCACUCCGGCUCGCGGGGUAACGGAGUCGUGCCCAGUCCAGCUCACAGCGCGCACUGUAGCUUCUACCGCACGCGCACGCUGCAGUCGCUCACCUCCGAAAAGAAAGCGAAAAAAGUUCGCUUCUACCGGAACGGCGACAGAUACUUCAAGGGUUUGGUUUACGCGGUCUCAAAUGACCGCUUCAGGUCAUUCGAUGCGCUGCUGAUGGAGCUGACCCGCUCCCUGUUUGACAAUGUGAAUUUACCGCAAGGAGUGCGGAGCAUCUAUGCGAUUGAGGGGGGAAAGAAGAUCACCAGCCUGGAUGAGUUACUGGAAGGAGAGAGCUAUGUGUGUGCUUCCAAUGAACCCUACCGUAAAGUGGACUACACCAAGAAUGUCAAUCCCAACUGGUCUGUCAAUGUGAAAACGGGAACGUCCCGCUCGCUGCCAUCACUUACCAUCUCAAAGAGUGACCUUAGGGAACGAGAAAGCAAAGACUUCAUCAAACCCAAGCUGGUGACAGUCAUCCGAAGUGGCGUAAAACCACGCAAGGCUGUCCGGAUACUCUUGAAUAAAAAGACGGCUCACUGCUUUGACCAGGUGCUCACAGACAUCACUGAUGCCAUUAAACUGGACUCUGGAGCUGUGAGGAGACUCUACACUCUGGGGGGCAAACAAAUUACAUGUUUGCAGGAUUUUUUCGGGGACGAUGAUGUGUUCAUUGCAUGUGGUCCUGAGAAGUUCCGUUACGCACAGGAUGAUUUUGUGUUGGAUCACAGUGGUAAGACUUCCACAGCCUUUCUAACCGAGUGUCAGGUACUCAAGUCCUCUUAUUCUCCUCGUUCUGGUGCCCCUGUGAGAUACUCUGGUAAUAAAAGUCCAGGGCUGACUCGCCGCAGCAAAUCUCCUGGAUCUGUGAGAAGAACUGCAGGACACAUCUCUACAAGCAGUCAGUCUCCAGUCAAAUCACCAAUAAAUGGAGUACUCAACAACCAAAUUACUACCCCCAAAUCCGGCAAAUCCUCCAGCUCCUCACCGACCAGCCCCCGCAGCAUGCGCAACUUCAAGAUUCCAGCACAUCACUCUUCAGCAACCAAUGUGAACGGCUCCUCUGAGCAGCCCCACCAACAUACCAGCAGUGUGAGUCCUGAAGUUAAUGGCAAUCGGAACAUUGCUGCCUCUACUGUUUUGGAAAAAUACAAAAUUGGGAAAGUUAUAGGCGAUGGAAACUUUGCCAUUGUUAAGGAGUGUGUAGAACGAUCAACUGGAAAAGAGUUUGCGUUGAAGAUCAUUGACAAAAUCAAAUGCCGUGGCAAAGAGCACCUGAUCGAGAAUGAGGUGGCGGUGUUGAGGCGUGUUAAGCAUCCAAAUAUCAUCAUGUUGAUUGAGGAGGUGGAUACGCCCACUGAUCUCUAUCUGGUCAUGGAACUUGUGAAGGGUGGAGAUCUGUUUGAUGCCAUCACCUCCUCCACCAAGUACACUGAGAGAGAUGCUAGUGCAAUGGUAUUCAACUUGGCUGCAGCUCUGAAAUACCUGCACAGAAUGUGUAUUGUCCAUCGAGACAUUAAACCUGAGAAUUUACUGGUAUGUGAGUACCCUGAUGGUAAAAAGUCUUUGAAGUUGGGUGAUUUUGGCUUGGCCACAGUUGUUGAAGUGCCGUUGUACACUGUGUGUGGAACACCUACUUACGUUGCCCCAGAAAUCAUAUCAGAGUCAGGCUAUGGCCUAAAGGUGGACAUCUGGGCGGCUGGUGUGAUUACCUACAUCCUACUCUGUGGCUUCCCUCCUUUCCGCAGUGAGAAUAAUCUUCAGGAAGACCUUUUCGAUCAGAUCCUGGUUGGACGUUUAGAGUUUCCAUCACCUUUCUGGGACAAUAUCACUGAUUCUGCCAAAGAGUUGAUCUGCUACAUGCUGCAGGUGAACGUGGAAGCCAGAUACACUGCAGAGGAUGUGCUCUCUCAUCCCUGGGUCACGGAGGAUGCUGCAAUGGAAAACAAUAUGAAGAUGGAGGUGGCAGGUAAACUCAAAAAGCAUUUUAACUCUGUGGAGAAACAGAGCAACACAACCCCUGGAGUCUCUGUUAUUAUGAACACGGCUCUAGAUAAGGAAACCAUCCAGCUUUCUCAUCAUUGUCAGGACCACAAUUCCCCUCCAGGAAAGAGCCCAUCCUCCACCCACCCAGAGAGAAGAGGCUCCUACAGGACACGGUCGUCCUCUCAAUCAGAGGACUCCAAGAGUGCUCCUCCCAUUAAGCCGUUAGCCUCAACAACCCCUAGCGCACCAUCAGUUCAGCCUUUGCCCUCUCCUUCCUCUGCCCCACGUCUACCCCCAUCUCCUCUGUCCCCACCCCCCUUCCCCCAGCACAACUCUGAAGCCGAGGCCACCAAGGCUUAUCCAGAGGAAGAAUAGCACACUAGACUACUGCUCUACUUUUGGGAAAACAAUAUGAAAAGGAGACAAACCCAAACAUUCAUACAUAAAUACAUGAAUAAAUAAAUAGCAACCCUGCAAAUCUUUGUAUAUACAUUCUACCUAUCCUAGCAUGGUCAGAAGUGUCUGUGUAGUGGUCACAUGCUUGUCUUCAGGACUCUGUAACCUUCCUGCUUCCAGUUUGGCACACCCAUCAAUGGCUUCCAGAGUGGGCUUGAGGGCUUUAUGUGUGAUUGAUUGUGCAGUGUAUAGGUGCUUUGAAAGGCCACCCUCUGCUUUGGAUAUCAAAAAUACUGUGCUCUGCUUUUGUAGGGUGGCCACUGCUGGAUUGAAGAUGCUACUGAAAAAAACUUUUUGAAACUGGCAAGAAACUUGUCCUGCUGAAACUUGAAAUUAUGUUCUCUUUUCAUUGAGUAUAUAGUAUGUUUGAAGAUAGACUGCUUGGAAUUUUUAUUCUACUGCAACACAGAAGAAAGCAAUCUACCUUUUGUUGGGUAUGGGGCUGAGUGUGUUUUCUUAAGAGGGUGCACCUAGCAAUUCUGUGUUCUGGAGUAAUUUUGCAGUAGUUUAGAGUUGCCUUCAUAUGAGCCAGCAAAGCAAGAAAUCUGUAGGAAUUCUUCUUUUUGUAACUUAUUUGUACAGAUUAGAAACAAUGUGAAAUUGUAGUUUGAUAUUGUCAAGUCAAAGGCAUUAAGUGCACGAUGUUUUGAUUUCUCUGUCGCUAUGGAGCCAAGAGACGCAAUAGUGUCGUCUAUUGAUUUAUGUACUAGUUCUGUUGUUUUCUCAGUCCUUUCACAGUGCUCACCCUGGUUCUGAUUUCCCAAAACGUUUCUAUACAUACAAAACUGUGAUAAAAAUUGUUAUUUAUGUUGGUAGGUAUCAUGCUCUGCUUUACAAAAUGUAUGCUUAUUUUUUUUGAUGUAUUGAAGGUUUUGAGAAAUAUGGCCCCAAGCCAUGUACAGUAUUUGAUGCUUCAAGCACACUAGGGAUCUGUUUGGCAAUAUCCUGUAUCAUCUCUGGAAGGCUAAAAUACAUGUUUAAAUAUGUAAUUUUCUGUUAGUGUUCUUUAUCAUCAUAUCACAAUAGUCAAAAGA